CCUGAACCUACUCCAGAAAACUCAGAUGAUGUGAACUGGAAGUACUUUAAGGAACUUACUAUCUAUGUGAUCAAGGAUAUAGCAAUUGUGAGGGGUUCCGAACACCAUACCGGGGCCAGAGAUAUCAUCCUAAGGAAUGGGGGGGGGGGUUUAAGGCCAACAAAGGCAGAGGAAUACUUCAACAUGAAGCAUGCUAGCGCAAGAAACUGUGUUGAGAGGGCAUUUGGGAUUAACAAAAUGAGAUGGGGCAUCCUGAGGGAUUCAAGCUGGUUCUCCCCUGAAGUGAUGAUUCAAGUUAUAAAUGCUUGUUUUUUAUUACAUAACUUCAUCAAGAAAGAGCAAGGAGUGGAUAUAUUCGAGAGGGACUAUGAAGAUGAAGAGCCUGAGCAAUAUCCAUCAGCUUAUGUUGAGCAGAUAGAGGAUGUUAUAACAGUGGUUCAGCCUUCACACCAGUGGACUCAGUUUAGGGAUAAUAUGGCAAAGGAAAUGAUGCCUAGGCCGAGAAAGCGUAAGAUAGAAGUAGAAGAAGGAGAUGGAGUAGGAGAGGGCAUCCAAGUCCCUCAGCCUAAGGGGCCAUAUUUCUCGUGGACUGAAAGGUUGGAUGCUAUUCUCAUAGAAUGUAUGCAGGAGUUAGUUCAUAAGCACCAAGUUGAGAAUGGCAAUUUCAAGAGUGGAUCCUUUACUGAGCUAGAGCUUAUGAUGAACAAGAAGGCCCCUGGUUGUGGAGUGAAAGCUGAUCCAAACAUUAGAUCAAGGCACAAGAAGCUGAAAAUGGAUUUCAUGGCAGUUCACUUGCUUCGUUCCAAGAGUGGAAAAGGCUGGGAUGAGACCACAUGUACACCAAUUAUCGAUGAUGAUGUGUUUGAAGACCUUCUAAAGGUGCAUCCUAACAUAAAAAACCUGAACAAAGUGCCUUUUCCCUUCUACAACGAGCUUCUUGAGAUCUUUGGGAAAGGUGGGACAGCAGCUGGAAGAGUUACAGGUGGUAUUUGUGACGGACCACCAUCUCCUAAAAAUCUUCUGCAUAUGGAAGGCUUUGACACACCAAUUGAUCUAGAUGACCAGAGAUGCACAGAGAUACUAGAGGACAUAAUCAAUGAGGGCAUUGAUAUGCAACAUCCAACCGCCGUGGAAGCUGAAACACAAGCCACUCCAACUACUCAGAAACUGUCAUCUAACCCCAAAAGUGGAGCUGGCAGAAUCCAUACAAUUAAGAAAAGGGCUAAGAAGAGUGAAAUGGCAACUGAUUCAGCUAUAGCUAAUGUGUCCUCUCAACUUGGUGAGUUGAAGCCAAUAUUAUUAAAAGCUGUGGAAGCACUUGGAUCCAUAACAAGUGAGCGAAGUGAGCGAGAUGGUGACAACAUCAAGCAGGCUUCCUUGAUCAAGGAGAUAUGCAAGAUUGUUGGACUCACGCGUGGCCAAGUCAUUGAUGCUGCUAUGGCUUUAGUAGAAAAUGAUCCAAAGACUAGACUUUUCUAUGCGUUGGAAAGCGAUGAGGACCGAUGCUACUUCAUUAAGAAUCUGCUACGCUGA